AGCUCGUCUAUCCUGUGUAUUUGGUAAUGAUCAUGCGAAUCAUCGAGUGUAGCUCUGGGUUUGAAGUUAAGCCUUUGUACACCACUAGCAAUGUGAAGUGACCGAACGGGCACGUGGAAAGGUACGAGCCCAGAACAAAGUCCCGUGAUAUGAGGAUUUCUGUGAAUGGCGAGGACAGAGAGAUUAACAUGUGACUUAUUUCCUCAGGAAAGGACAGAAGUUAGUCGGAAGCCAGGCACGAGGCUUUGUGUCUACAGCACAUGAACACUACCCUCUUACUCGACCAUUCACGGAUAAUGCUUUGAUGCUAUUACAAUUAGCCGAUAUUGAUUAUAAGGGGCAAGUAAUGGCUGCCGGUGCUCACUGACCCGCGCGUACAACCCCGACCCCGGACAUAUUGGGGGAUUUUUCUGUGUGCUUUUCAGAGAUUACAUUUCCACACACGGCCAAAUAUAUUCGACUGUGGUGAGGAGAACAGCAAUAGUCAGGGAAAAUGCCUUCCCACUUACUCGGGGAUAUGGCUACAGACAGACAGGACUGUGGACAGGGCCAAAAAAGUAAUGGCUUAUUUCCUCUUAUAAAUCGAAAUGGUUCUGUGGAGUCGCACAAUGGAACGGAUUCUGAGUCUCCCAGUGACUGCUCUACGACUCUGCACAGAUCCAGGUCUGUGUCAAGAUCGGUGUCCAAUGCAACGAACAGAGACGGUCUGUUACGUCUGCCCGCCAUUGACCGCUCUAAAACCAACAGUAUUUGUAGCUACGCUAGCAGCAAUAUUAGCUCCGUGACAACGUCGUCACGCCAUCAACCCGGUUUUAAAAUGUCACAAAUUAACAUAAGCAACCCCAGGUACAGCCAAGACUUCAACGGUCAAAAUGAUGCCGAUAGAAUCGAGUCAGUCACGCCACAGUUUCAUCACGAGCAGAACGGAACUUUGCAUCCUGGGCCCAGAUAUAAACGGACAAGUAACCGACCAGAAGAAAAGGGAUCAGACCUUAAACUUCCUGAUAUUUUUUCUUGUAAAAAUAGCUCCAUCGGGUCUCCGAUUCAGUCGCCCUCGCCAACGUUUCGCCAUCACAGUAGAAUGAGCAAGAAAAAGUCGGCGUCUCUUCAGGAUCUGGCAGGACAACUCCGUCGAGAAGAAAGUGUUCUGGGUGAAAAUAAAAGAAACUUCAACCACAACCCUAACAGUUGUGUAACGAUAGAAAACCAUGGUUACCAUAGGAAUGACACUGUUAAUUCCCUGACCGUCCGGUCCAGCUUACCCACGCCUGUUUUAUUCCCAAUGAGAGAGACGGAGAGUCGAUUGUCUAGAAAAAGCAAAAGUUCGGUGAAAAGAAACAAGGAGAAGCAACAACGGCGAGAAAACGAUAACAUGUUGAAGGAGAACGACUUUAAAGAAGUUAUAGAAAAGCUCGAAGCCUUCUCAAAUGUAGAAAACGGAUGCGAUGAAAAAGCUUCUCUGGUUAUUGGCAAACCAAACGCAUUGCAAAAAGUGGGUGAAGAAACAGAGAUCGAUCAGUACAUUUAUGCUAAUGGUUAUGAACAUCCGAGUAAAACACGGAAAGCUCAAAAGCGAGCUCAGAGUGAGGAUAGACGAUCAGCCAAAGUGCAUUAAGAAAAUGAAUAUGGUCACAGACUCAUAAGACCGAACAUUUGAACCCUGAGAGGUUUCCUAUGGCUUCAAACAAGGUCAGAGUGACAUGACGUCUCAAUCGGAAGUGAGAUCAACCAUCAUAGCGUAUGCCUUUUCUGAAAGUAGCUAUCUCCACCAUUCCAGUAUACCCAAACCGAACAGGUUAGGGUGUUGUCAACUAGAUAUUUGACAUAUAGUUGCAAAUUUUUUAAAGGAAUGCUUUUCUUUUGAUUAAGCAAUAACCUCAAUGUUGCCGGAUAUCUAUUUUUGAAGGAUUUUUCAAAGUUAGUAUUGCAACAUAUCUGCUAGGAAUCAAGAUACCAAAAGACACCAUUUCCAUAAUUUUCGUGAUUUUCCAGACUUUUGCUCACGCGUUUGGUAUCGAUAUGGGCGCCAGAUGGACAUCACCGUUCAGUAUUUAUUAUUACUUAUAUACAGGAUGUUGUUUGCUGUAGAUGAAUAGAUGUAUUCCUGCCACUCGAUGAUGUUUUAUAUGGCGUAUAUUAUAGGAGGAAUCGAGGUCUUAUACAGGGUCAGAUGUUGAUGUAUUUUUACCCGGUGAACAAUACACACAAGGUAGGCUAUACAGUGCACUGGCUAAUGCCAGUAUUAAAUCAUGUUGCCUUGACUUUAAUCCUGUUUUAAUACAAAAUCCAUCACAAGGGAUCAAAACAUUAGCUAAUGGUAUUGAAACUUACAACUAUAAUGUUUUCAGUAUAUUAUGGCGCAACUGACCCCAGCUUAAAAGCAAGUCCUUGUUAAAUUGUUUAUCUUUGUUAUACUAGAAACAAGCAAUGCUACAGACUUCAAGAAUCUGAUGACUUUAAGACAGAUCAUUUCCCGGGUGUCUUGUUACAUUUUGUCUAUCGUUUAGGAGUUCUGACAUUGUAGCUAAAAGUACAUCACAACUCUGUUCCGUUUUCACUCCAUUUUCCCAAUGUUUUUGCUGUCAUUUCAUAAUAUUUGAUCCCUUUUUCUAUAUUCAUUAAUGUGAUAUAAGUAAAUGGCUCUCCAUUUCAAUUUUAUGUUACACCGGCACAUGUCAGUUCCUAAUAUAUGCGUAUCAUCUCUUUCUGAGAUACUUUUCUUCUAUUGUUCUGAGCUCUACAAGACUCUCACAUAUAUCCUGUACUUUUCAGUUCUUAGCAUGCCUGUUAGUUUAUGUAUUACAUUAGUCCUACAUCCUUUUUCACCUAAGAUGUCACAAUGCGUGCAUUUGUUACAACACAGGAUGUUUAUACAGGCUCCACAUAACAUGACCACAGCCAGCAACAAUUCCAUAAAUCUCUGGUAUGUAAAUAAUUAAUUAUUAUUACGAAAUUAUAUAUUUUAUCACACGUGUUAUGUUCUAUGAGCGUUUACCAAUGUGAAGUCUCUGAAUGUUUGAUUUGUAUAAAACCAUGUUAUGUAUAUAUUCAGUGAAGCAGACUGUGCACCGCAGACUGGCGUCAGUUAAGGAAAAGCUAUAGUUCGCUAUAGUUCGGCUCCACUAAUUUAUCCCAUACAAAUUCAAGAAAUCAUCAAUACUCUAUCAUCGAUCUAUCGAUCACUAGAGAAUGUAAAGAGUCUAAACCUAAUCCUCUCUAAAUUAUGAAUAGUAAGCGAGUGUACACUCUGCAAUAAUGGCCUCCUAUUGUAUGCUGAUGGUAUAUUGUACGCCCUCUCUACAUGCAGUCUUUCAUCCCAGGCGUCAGUAGGGAGACCUCAUUAUUUGGCGAUAAUAUGUGUGUAGAUAUGACCUUGUGCUAUACGGCUAUGUGGCGGAAAACAGUUUUUCACAGGUUCCAGCAGUUUGUCGAACUUAACUGAGGUUAUUGAGUCAUACAUAUAUUAAAUAUCGAAAAGACCCCCCGAAUGCAAGACGGAGGUCCAGUCCUAUUGACAGAUACAGAAUAUGUCCCGCUAUCUGAUGUAAUCUGGUUAUUAAUUAACUACUGUGUUCAUUUUCAAGAUAAUUCAAAUAAUCAUUGAGUUUCUCAGUUGACUGAACCUCCGUCCACAUUUGACAAAAUCUGUAUUCUGGUAUAGCCUUAUCAUUCGGUUGUAUCAUGCAUCUAUUCAUAUUUUAAGUUUGUAUUAAUGUUAUUGUUUUUUUGUGUCAAACACUAAGCUAUUUUUAAUGAUCUAUUAUGUAUGAUAUCUUCAAGUUUGAAACAUUUUGGUGUUAUCUGUAGUUCCACACAUUUAUGAAUAUAGUCAUAUAUAGGUAACAUUUAUUUUAUUUUGACACGAAUUAUUUUUUGAACACAGCCACUACUGUGUUGAAGACUUUGUGUCAUCUGGUGACCUGGAUGUGUGCAUGUGUGCGGGUGGGUUGAGGUGGAGUAUGGUGGGGGUUGUUAGGGAGUAGGGUUUGUAGUGGGGCAGUGCCUGGGGUUGAUGUCCAUACAACGACACAAAUUGGAAGAAUGCGUGUUCAUAUUGCACUCUAUGAGCUGGUAAUAUUUUGACAUAUACAACUCGAAUGUCUCAAAUAAUUAAUGGCAACAGGCUUCACAUUUCUUCACUAUUUUACCAACUUUCGUGUAGUUAUCUGCUUGUAAAUUAAGCGCUUAUUUAUUCUUUUCUUAUUCUUGUGUUUAAAUGCUAUGACCAUUUUAUAUACAUUUGUAUACAGAAACCUAUGGGUUCCGUGUGUAACACACGUAAACUGUGCGCAUGGUACGAUUUUUUUCAAAGGAGGUAAGGUGUAUAUUCAGAUUUAUUAUGAUUUUGAAACUAUUUGUAAAGGCUUUUUCGUUCAAAAACUACAGAAAAUGACGAAAUGAAUUUAUUUUUGUUUUAUAUGUAAAAAUAAUUAUCAUUAAGUUUGUUAAAUUUUUUUUCUGACAAGCGCAUCAGAAAAAAAUAUAUUGUUUUGCUUUAAAUUACGUUCAUUUUAUUUCAUUCACUCAUCUCCGUGCUCGAGGCAAACCGUAAUAUACAAUAUUACAGAAACUGUUAAAAUUAGGACAUGCACUUUUGUCAAACGCUAUUAAAGCCUCAAUAUGAAAUUUUUUUAGUGAAAACAAUUUUCGAGAUGAUGAUUACAAAUGUUUACCAUUGCAUUUGCUAUUUUUGCAGCGAUGAGUGUGUAUAUUUUAUAAGCGGUUCAGAAAAUGCACAUCAUGCCUCUACCAAGUACUAGUCAGUACUAUAUGCAAAUUCGGGCUUGGUGUAUACAGAAACCAUUUCCAGCCUGCGUCUUCGUACAUCCGUUUCAUAAGUAUGUACAGGUUCAUAUCAUACUACCCAAUAUGUAAAUAUUCCAUUGGUUGAAACAUAUAGUGCUUAUAUGAAAACGUGAAUAUAUUAUAUG